AUGUCGCCCAACAACAAAGCUCAAACUGUUAUAAAUUCUCACACUAUUAUGCUUAUAAAUGUGGAGUCCGGUGGAGGGUGUGGAGUGAGUGGGGAGGACACAACAGAUAAGAAAGAGGAUCCAACAGAGGAGGAAGGCCCAACCAAAGUAACGCACUAUUCCUACACCUACUCUUUAGCCAUUAUUACUACCAUGGAGAAAAUACCAGAGAGAGUAGUGUGUCCGGAUAACCAGGUCACGUGUAAAGACGGUCUCCAGUGUGUUGAUAACAUUAAGUUAUGCGAUGGUAAUAGUGACUGCAAUGAUGCUUCAGAUGAAUCAGCUGAGUUCUGUUUAGCGUACACGUGCCCGGAUGAUAAAUCUAAGUGCGCAGACCAACAACAAUGUGUAGACACGUGGAGAUUAUGUGACGGGUAUGAAAACUGUAAUGAUGGAUCUGACGAAGAAUACGACUUCUGUCAAGCGUUUGUCUGUCCUCUUAACAAGUUUAAGUGUGGUGAUGGUACGAAGUGUAUCAGUAAGUGGUGGCUGUGUGACGGUCAUGGCUACUGCGCUGAUAGAUCAGAUGAAACACCCGAACUCUGCUUAGCGCACACUUGUCCGUACCACAAAAUCAAGUGUAAUGAUGGUCUGAAGUGUAUCAUGAAGCGAACCAUGUGCGAUGGGAGGGAGGACUGUUUUGAUGGUUCAGAUGAAUUAAAGGAGUUCUGUUAUACCCAUGGAGUGAACGGGGGCUGGACGAGUUUCGGGGAAUGGUCGGAAUGCUCGGCUGAAUGUGGGGAGGGGACACAGAUAAGGACCAGAACCUGUACUAACCCCACACCUGCUUACGGGGGUAGAGAGUGCAGUGGGGACCCGAAGGAAGCUAAAGUGUGCACACUUGAUCCGUGUACAAAGGCCCAAAAACGUAAACAGAGAAGAAAGGAUAGGGGUAUCAAAUGGGGAAAGAAAUUUGCAAACAGAGAAGAUAUAGGAGAGGGAGCAACAGAAUGGGCAACAGAGGAAGCAGAGGCUGGUGGACAAGGAAAAUGGAGAAAACGAAGAAGAGGAAGGGGACGAGGCAGAGGGAGGAGGAGGAAGAAGAAGGGGAAAAAAGGACCAAAAGAGGGAGAAGGACCUGAUGAUGGCACCGAGGAAGGAACUGAGGAUGGAACAGAGGAUGGAACAGAGGAUGGAACAGAUUCCAACGACAGUACAUCAGCCGCCUUCAGCAAGGCAUCUGCCAUCAAAACAGAAAAGUUUGAUACAACAAGUUACGCUACGACAAGUUUUAUGACGAGUGCACUAUAUACUGCGCAAUACCCGACCUGUGACUGCUGGACUCCCGAGUGUGGCUACUGCUCUAACAUGGACUGUACAGUAAAGCAGGAUCUAAUCAACUCCCACAAAGGCAUCCAAGUACACUCUCACAUCAAACGGAAGACGUUCAGUACCAUUGUACUGUAUGAAGAGGACGGAAAAGUUGUCGGCAGACUCCAGUGGAGUCUCUCCGGAAUCUACCUCACCGGGUGUAUCGCCUGCCAAACACCUCCUGCUUUAAAGAAAGCUACAGCCAAAGACGGACAUACUGUAUGGUCAUUGUCCCUGAAGAACGGAUCUCUACGAAUCAAGAUCAAAGGAGAUGUCUUGUACGAACAGAAACUGAGAGGAGAAUGCGUGGACAUAUACAGUAAAGUAAAAAGAUUCGCCUUCUCGGGAAUGGGCUGUGAGAGCGCUUUCUCCUUUGAUCACGAGGAAAUGGAACUUGGGGCGAGGAUUACGUCUGACUGCAGUGGGAAAUGCUCUCACUCCGUGACGAAACGUCAGCUUCAAUGAUUGGAUCCUCGUCUAUAAUAGGCAAUACAAAAACUCACAUAGAUUAUUUGUUUUUAUAACCGCUAUACUCUCACGUUUAUUUUCUUCGCAGCGGUUAAAUUAUUAAAUAGCUGGAACUCUUCAACUUAAAUGGACAAUAUGGGAUUUUUGUUAACUAUCAGUAAUCAGUAUUUUGAUCCGUUAAAAUCUUGAACUGUGUGAAUCUAGCCAGCCAGAUAAUAUACAUGUUAAAUUUGUAUGCAAAAUGUAAAUAUUUUCUUGAUGGAAGAUUAUGAUUAAUAAUAAUGAUUCUAGGUUAAAGUUAAGCAAAAGCUAUUUGCUAUUCAUAAAAGAAUAAUUUGUAUUCAUCAAUACCUAAAUAUUUCAACCUCUUUAUGAAUACGACUUAUUGACACCACUCAAUCAUUUUUAUAAUCACCUUUUCACGCCUACCCAUCAUAGCUGAACUUGAAGACGAUUAACACAUGUUUUUU